GCAGCAGCUCCGUCUGGAAGGUCAAACACAUGAUGGCAGCGCCGAAGAAAGUCUGUGUGAUUGGCUCUGGUAACUGGGGCUCUGCCAUUGCCAAGAUUGUGGGCGCCAACGCAGCCAAGUAUGACAGGUUUGACACCACAGUGAACAUGUGGGUGUUCGAGGAGACAGUGAACGGCCGUAAACUCACAGAAAUCAUUAACACAGACCAUGAAAAUGUGAAAUAUCUGCCUGGUCACAAGCUGCCCCCCAAUGUGUUGGCUGUUCCAGACUUGGCUGAGUCUGUGAAAGGAGCCGACAUCCUGAUCUUUGUGGUCCCUCACCAGUUCAUUGUGAGAGUGUGUGACACCAUCAAAGACCACAUCAAGAAGGACGCCGUAGGAAUGUCUCUCAUCAAGGGUGUCGAUGCAGGCCCAGAGGGUCUGAAGCUGAUCUCAGAGGUCAUCCGAGCGAAGCUGGGCAUCAACAUGACGGUCCUCAUGGGAGCAAACAUCGCCAGCGAGGUCGCUGAUGAGAAGUUCUGUGAAACAACCAUUGGGUGCAAAGAUAAAACAUGUGGGCCCAUUUUGAAGGAACUGAUGCAGACCACUAACUUCCGUGUGACUGUGGUGGAAGAGUCUGAUGUAGUGGAGAUUUGUGGUGCUCUCAAGAACAUUGUAGCAGUGGGAGCAGGUUUCUGUGAUGGCCUGGGGUUCGGCGACAACACCAAGGCAGCGGUGAUUCGUCUCGGCUUGAUGGAGAUGAUUGCCUUUGCCAAGGUCUUCUGCACAAACUGCCCCGUCUCCCCCGCCACCUUUCUGGAGAGCUGCGGCAUCGCUGACCUCAUCACGACCUGCUACGGUGGACGCAACCGCAAGAUUGGAGAGGCUUUCGCCAAAACAGGCAAAACCAUUGAGCAGUUAGAGAACGAGCUGCUGAACGGUCAGAAGCUUCAAGGUCCAGCUACUGCCACUGAGGUCCACCAAGUUUUGAAACAGAAAAAAAUGGUGGAAAAGUUUCCUCUUUUCACUGCUGUUUACCAGAUCUGCUUCAACAGCCACCCGGUCACAGAGUUCAUCAAGUGUUUGCAAAACCACCCAGAGCACAUGUAAAGGACUGACGAGAGGGCGGAUGAAUGGAUGGAAGUUGGAAAAGGACUUUUACACUAGAGCUACCGUAUAACCAGGGAGUUUAUAGGGCGGGCAGGUUAGGUGAAGAUUGAGCCUCAUCCUGACUCCUCUCUUGUUUGAGUCUUGCCCUCCAUCUACCUGAGGUGCUGUGUUGACCUGCUGUUAUGACAUUACUGACAGAAGCAUAACUUCUGUCACCACCUCUGUCCUUAUGUUCUGAUUCUACACAUACAUGUCACAAAUUGCUGCAAAAAUCGACCAAGUCUUAAAAGUUUGAAGAAUUUGAGUUACUCUGCCUUACACAAUAUACACACCCUGACCUGAAUGUUUCGAAUGGUUACAAUAUUUCUUGGGUAAAAGUGCCUUGACUUGCCUUUUCACUGACAUGUAUGUUAAACAAAGCACUGAACACACAACAGUCACCACUCACCACCCAUGUGUUGCUUCUUAAUAUGUAACCGAUUACUUACCUAAGAUUUAUUUUGGAAUAAAUUAUUGAA